UCAAGCAAGCAAGCAGGAAGAAGCAGGUUUAUUCAACUGAUGCACACACACACACAGGAGGCCCCUAUCGUUACAUGAUUACACAAAUUCUCUUCAGGGAAAUAUACUUAACCCAAACAGUAACCCCCCUCUCUUUCUCUCUCUCUCUCCUCUCGCUGUGUGUAUAUAUAUUUAUAUAUAUAUAUAUAUAUAUAUAUCCUCUCUCUCAAUCACCUAUCAUACCAUUUCAUGUCAAUUCCCCUUCAUUUCCCCUACCCCCAUAAUAUCCCUCUCCCACACUCUCACAUCUUCUCCAUGUCACACUGAGCCCUCAUUUCUCUAUUUUUUUUCAAAACUUCACACUCAAGUCUUUCACUGGAACUUCUUUUUCUUCUUCUUCUUCUUCUUCUUCUUUUCCCUCCAUUUUCUUAUCACACUGGACAAAACUGUUGUUUAUAAUUAAUUGAAAUUGGUUAAAUUUUGUAAUUUUCUCAACCCUAAUCACUCCCACCCACCCUGCAUUGUUUCUUUCUUUUUCUUCAUCUUUCUCCUCUUCAUUUUUGUUCUAUAUUUUCUUCUUUCUCUUCCUUUCUUCUUUAAUGUUUUUUCUUUUUGCUGUCAUAAAAUAUUUGCUUAACAUUUCUCGCGAAUGGCCUCUUCCACCCAUUUUUUUUCCCCCACAACUUAUCAACUUCGAAGAAUUGUUGACGAAACCAUUUCUAAUUCUUUAAUGCCUUCUUUCAGACUGAUAACCCCACAACACAUAAUCCUUGCAAACAUAUUUGCUGUUUGCCUUGACACUAUUUUUCUUUUUUUUUUUUUAAUCCUAGUAUUGGUUUGGAACUGGUAGAUCUGAAUUUUGGGACCAACUCUGGGGACAAAUUCGGGGCUCUGGCUGUAAAUUAUACCUUUAUUCAUUCCUUCAUCUUGUUCAGAUUUCUUGGAUGUAUAUUCUGUGUAAAUGACAGCAAAAAAUAUCUUGUCUCCAAACCCUUCUCCCUCACCUCAAGGGAUAAACCUUCAAUUUGAAUGGCGAAAGGUGCAACAUCAAUCAUUAGUCUUUACUCAUGCUUGACUGUGAUUGCCCUCCCUGCAACCAGUUACAUUACAGGAUUUUUUGUGUUAAGUAUUCAGUUUCUUGAAUGACACUUCACUGAGGUCAUACAUACAUUUAUGGGGAAAGAGAGAGAGAGAGAGAACAAAGGGUUUUCUUUCUCUGUACACCCCACCACCACCACCACCAUGCACCCUACUGGUAUGUCUGCUUUCCAAAUCCACCUGAGAUUCUGGAUUUAAUGAGACUCGCUGCUCGUUCUGGAUGGUGAGGCAGCAUAAUAAACCCUGCACAUCUUCUUCGCUUCACAGCCACUGCAUUCUUACCCUUCUUUCAUAACAUCCCUGUAAUUUUGUUCCUCGGAUCUCGUUGGGGAGUAAAAAAAAAGACAGAAACAGAAAACCUUUAAAAAAAAAAAAGCUUAAAAAAUGACGCUUAUUGAUAUGUACCAUACUUUGGUGGAGAAAUAUGAAGAUUUGGAUUCAGGGUCCACAAAUUUGAUGGACACCCUUGAUGACCUGCCGCCAGGAAUAGGACAGUAUGAUGAUUUCCACACCAUUGACUGGUUGCGGGACAUUGCACGGGAUCGCAUGCGCCAUCGCAACAUUAUCAAGAGAAAAGCCGAUGGAUUGUGGGAGAAAAUCAAGAGUGCUCACGACGCUUGGUCAGGCUGGGUUUGUGUCCUGCUGGUUGGAGUUGCUGCCGGUUUGAGUGCUGGCAUCAUUGAUAUUGGGACAACGUGGAUGUCAGACUUGAAAGAAGGUAUUUGUUUAGAUGCUUUCUGGUUGAACAGAGAACAGUGUUGCUGGUCAGUUGUCAACACCACAUUUGAUGAGGCUGCAAACUGUUCACAGUGGUACACCUACGCCAAAUUAUUUGGGAUAACCAACAGUCAGGGAGCUGGUUCCUACAUUGUUGAAUAUAUGUUAUAUGUUGUUGUGGCAUUAACACUUGCUGCACUUGCUGCAAUGUUGGUGCGUGUGUUUGCUCCAUAUGCCUGCGGUUCAGGUAUUCCUGAGAUAAAAACUAUUUUGAGUGGCUUCAUUAUCCGAGGCUACCUAGGGAAAUGGACAUUAAUGAUCAAAUCAGUUGGGAUGAUGUUAGCUGUAUCUGCAGGCCUUAGUCUUGGUAAAGAAGGCCCCUUUGUUCAUGUAGCAUGUUGUUGUGGGAACAUUUUUUCCUACUUGUUCCCUAAAUAUGGGAAGAAUGAAGCUAAAAAGAGAGAGGUCCUAUCAGCUGCUGCUGCUGCUGGGGUCAGUGUAGCGUUUGGUGCCCCAAUUGGUGGGGUGUUGUUCAGUCUAGAAGAGGUCAGCUACUAUUUCCCAUUGAAGACCCUAUGGCGUUCCUUUUUCUGCGCCUUGGCUGCAGCCUUUGUCCUUCGUUCGCUGAAUCCAUUUGGUAAUGACCAUCUUGUCAUGUUCUACAUAGACUACAAUGAACCAUGGUACCUUCAGGAGCUCAUACCAUUUAUACUUCUUGGAGCAUUUGGUGGAUUGUAUGGUAGCUUCUUUAUAAAGUUUAAUAUUAUGUGGUGCAGAUAUCGCAAAACUUCCAACCUGGGCAAAUAUCCAAUUGUUGAGGUUUUGGUUGUUACAUUUAUUACGGCUCUUCUCAGUUUUCCCAAUCAGUAUACAAGAAUGAAUUCCAGUGAAUUGAUCCGUCUUCUCGUUAACCGUUGUGGACCAGAAGGAACUCGAGAAUUAUGUGACUAUAACCGUAGUAUAACAAAUGUGAACAUCUUUGGAGGAAGUGCCGUUGCUGGUGACGGGGUCAUCCGUGCAGUUUGGCAGUUAUGCUUGGCGCUACUCUUUAAAUCUAUUAUCACCAUUUUCACUUUUGGCCUUAAAGUGCCAUGUGGUUUGUUUAUUCCCAGUAUGGUUGUUGGUGCCAUUCUUGGCCGCAUAGUUGGUAUUGGCACUGAACAGUUGGUUGUAGCAAAUAGGGAUUCCUGGUUUUUUUCCAAUAUGUGUACAUCUCAGGAGAUGUGUACAGUUACUCCAGGUCUGUAUGCCAUGGUUGGGGCUGCUGCAGCACUUGGAGGGGUGACAAGGAUGACAGUGUCUUUGGUUGUGAUAAUGUUUGAGCUGACAGGUGGGUUGCAGUACAUUGUACCCAUGAUGCUUGCCGUGAUGACAAGUAAAUGGGUUGGGGAUGCUCUUGGCAAGGAAGGAAUCUAUGAUGCCCAUAUACGACUGAAUGGUUACCCUUAUUUAGACAGCAAGGAAGAAUUCACCCACACAACAAUGGCAGCAGAUGUGAUGCGGCCUCGGUACUGGCGAUAUGGACUGGGCGUGCGAAGUGACCCACCCCUCUGUGUUAUAACUCAAGAUUCAAUGACAGUUGAAGAAAUUGAAUGUGUUCUUCGAGAGACUGAACAUAAUGGUUUUCCUGUUGUUGUAUCCAGAGAAUCACAAUAUUUGGUUGGAUUUGUUUUGCGUAGAGACCUUAAUAUUGCUAUUACCAAUGCUCGUAAAAUCCAAGACGGCAUUGUCAGCAACUCGUGUAUUUAUUUCUCAUCUCAUACUCCGUCAAAUCAAGGAGUAAUGGCACCUGCAGCAUUGAAAUUAAGAAGAAUUUUAGAUAUGGCUCCAAUUACAAUAACAGAUCAAACUCCUAUGGAGACUGUUGUAGAAAUGUUCCGUAAACUCGGUCUCAGACAAACAUUGGUUACUCAUAAUGGGAGACUUUUAGGCAUCAUAACAAAAAAAGAUGUCCUCAGGCAUAUUGCACAGUUACAAAAUCAAGACCCUGAAUCGAUCCUAUUCAACUAGUACCGCCAGGCCCUUGGCACACUAACUAGGCAAUAGUCUGACUAUGGAGUUUUAAUGACACACAUACAAGAAAUAUGGUCUUCUGACACUCCACCAGAGGAUGCUUUUUUCCAUGGCUCGGCUGCAGCAUCCAACAUCACCGGUCACCAUUGCUGACAAUCUUUUAUUGCUGCCAGUCUGUCUCUCUCUGUCCCUUUCUGUGUUUGUUGGUUCACUCUGGAGUCGGGGUUUUGGUGAUGGCUGAUUUUUAGGGAGCCAACAACGUAAUUAUAUUUAUUAUUAUUAUUAUUAUUAUUAUUAUUAUUUUCAACACAAUAAACACACACGUCAACACGUAGACAUACAAAUACAUAAAAAUUGUGUGUGUGUGUGUGUGUGUGCAUAUAUAUAUACACACACACACACACAUACAUAUAAACUCAUUCAAAGCUGUGGAUCUAUUCAUUAAAGACAAAAAAGAUGGUUUGUGCCAGUGCGAAUCUCAGAGUAGUAAUGGAGCUGAAUCAUUAGCUUUGAACAAAUAAACAAACUCUACUAGAUAUAUAUUGCAUAAUGUUUCUCCUGUUUGUAUGCUUAAAUGUGUGUAUAUCUAUUUAAAUGUAUACACACAUACAUAAUUGUUUAUGUGUGUGUAUAUAUAUAUACACACACAGUCAUAUCCAUCUACCUUGUAACACCAUUAUGUAAAUUUCCUUAUACCUGGCGUAAUCUUGUAAACUUUUUUUUAAAAGUAAUUCUUUGCUACUGUCUUUUUCAGCAGAUGAAGACAAAAAUUAAUCAUCUCUUGUAGAGUCUUUAAUGAGAGACAAAACUAGUGAUUUUGAUUCUAUUUCCAAGAUGCCGAAAGCCUUGUCAUUUAACUAUGGCACCUACCUUCGCUUUGAGAUUAGAUGUGUGUGUGUGUGUGUGUGUGUUUAUUUAACAUAUGGCUAUGACUUUCGCAUGCAUACUUUCUUCAGAAUUCACAUUGCAUUGGUACUCUAGUUAUUACUUACACACACACACACGUAUUUGAAUUCCACACUGCCCUUUGAGAGCUGUGAUAUUUUGCUGUGAGAACCUUGACCUAACGCUAACCCCUUUGUUUCACUAUGAUAUCUCAAGCUAUUUGUAAGGUGUUUGUGUCAUCAACAUGGGCGAAUAAAAGAGACUAACCAAUCAUCAGUCACAAUGAGAGCCCCACUCCUACACAUACACACACACACACCCUGUCACAAGUCUUAGAUAUCUGUUCUUUUGCAGUUCCAUCAACAGACUUUUAUUUUGUUAUUUUUGUGGGGAAGACGGAGGUAUUUAUUUACUUUAUUUUUUUUUUGUUCAAUUAAUCAGGCAAUUUAAUUAAUUAUAACAGUUGUUAAUUAUACAUUUUUUCUCUGUCAUUAUAUAUCCCUUAAUAUUAUUUAACAUACAUAAAACAAACAGGUCAUUCCUUUUUAUUUUCAUUUUUUUGUCUGUGUUUUUCUUUCCUUUUAACAUAUUUCAGUUUGAUUUUUGGAAAGAAAAAUUCAAACCCCAAAUUUCUCCCCUUUUCCCUAUGUAAGCCCUUAUUUUUGUUAUUUAUGGGUUUUUACUCAGAACCUGAUGACGCUCCCCACUCUUCCCUCCUGUCCAUAAAAGAUAAAAUUUUACUAAUUUACUUUUCCUCUCUUACCUCCCACCCUCUCCCUAUCCCCACCACUGCCAUUCGACAGAUCUAUUUCCUUAUUAGAUUCUUUUACCAGUUUCAGUCAUCUGACUGUGGUCAUACUGGAGCAAUACUUUCAUGUUUUAGUUGAUCAUAUUGUCUCCUGUACUUGUAGAGGUUUAUAUUUUCUUGACUGGUUCAGUUUUACAUUUUAGCAAAAAGAUCGCAACUUGGACUGUCUUGCACUGUUACACACACACACACAUAUAUAUAUAUAUAUAUAUAUAUAUAUAUAUACAAGCACUAAACUAGUGCAUGCCUGUAUAUAUAUAUAUAUGUAUAUAUAUAUAUAUAUAUAUAUAUAUGUGUAUAUACACACAUACAAACACACGUGUGUGUGUGUAUAGUUGUAAAUGAGUGUCACUGUAAGUUUAGUUGUGUCAUUCAUUUUCAAUGUUUUCUGAAAACAUCUUCAGCCAUAGCACUGUCUAUAUUCAAAGGACUAUGGGGGAACAUGUUACGUUACUUGGAAACAGAUGAAGGUUGCUGACAGGAAGGCCAUCCUGCCAUAGCAAAGUCUGCCUCAAAUCAUAUCAUCUGAUUUGUGCAAUCAUAGAAAAGUGAACAUGACAAAUAAUGAGGAUGAUGACGAUGACAAAGGGGAUGACAGAUCUUGGAUAGUUUCCAUCAACUGAUUUUUAGACAUUGAGGAUUUGAGGAUGGGGGUGUUGGAUAAAAAAUGUCUUUGCAAUAGUGAAGGAAUACACUAGAUUUGACAGUUACAGAGAAAAAAACCAGCAAGAUGUUGCAGAAGUUUCCUUGACCUAGGUUGUACAACAGGUUGUAGUACCUAUUGUUAACCAUUUUACCAUUCCAGUACUUUGCCUUUGCACUAAUCAUGCCAUAGUCUGACCCCCGUAAAGAACUAAGCAGAUAAAUGUAUUAACAUGUAUGCAUCUAAAUUUGUCUGUGUGCAUGUGUGUGUGUGUGUGUGUGUGUGUAUGUGCAUCAUACAUAUGCACACACACGCAUGCAUGUAGUGUACUGAUCUGUUAUUGGCAAGAUGAACAAAACUCUAUCCAGUGAGAGAUGAAUAUCACUUGCUAAACACGGGAUUCAAAUGCAAUCAGACUAUCAGUUUCACACUAUACAAGCUCGUCUGAUUACUGUUUUAUCAGAGGCAUGAAACUUAUUGUAGCUCACAUUUAAAUCCUGUAGAUAUGAAAUGAUAUAUAAGGCAUAUGUUGUACAAUACAUAUAAAUAUUCAUAGUGCAAAUAUUAGCUGAUACAGAAUAAAAUAUGUUCAGUAGAGAGUAGAAAUGUGUUUAUUAUAACAAAAUAUGACAAUGUACUUGUGUUUUGCCAUUGGCUGACCACAACUGUUGUGACCAACUGAGGGUAAAACUCAGGUGAAUAAUACGGAUAUGUAUUUGAAUUUAGAAACCUGGGAUAAAAGAAAAGGACUUAAUGCAAAGGUCAAGUUUAUAUAUUUAUUUGAAGUUCAAACUUCUUUUUGUUGCUGCCCCGAAUUGGUGAAUUGUCCAAGCAAAAAUGUGAAAUUUGAAGAAGCAACCAAAGAAAGCUUUGGCAACACACAGACACACACACAUUUAUAUAUACAUACAUAAUGAACAACACAGGAGGAACAAGAAUUAACAUAUAGGGUAUAAGCUUAAUGUAUGUAUAUAUGCAUACGGAUAUGUGUAUGUAAGUAUAUAUAUGUGUGUGUAUGUAUAUAUUCAUAUAUAUAUAUAUAUAUAUAAUGUAUCAAUGUGUGUGCAUAAAGCACACACAUUGAUACAUAUAAUCAUAUAUAAAUCACUAAACACUUUCAAAAUAAAACUGUAGCAAACACUUCUAUGUUCUCUGUAUAUCAUUGUAUACAUGUAUAUAUACAUAUUUUUGCAUGUGUGCUUGAAAUGGCUUUGUAUAUAAUACUCAAUAUGACUGAGUGUAUGUGUGUAAUUAAAAUGUCUUUGUAAAUAAUCUUCAAUAAAACUUUAUGUACUGUAUUUAUAUGAAUGACUAUGUGUAUGUAGGCUCAUAUAUAUAUAUAUAUAUAUAUACGUGUAUGUUUGUGUGUGUGUGUGUGUGUGCGCGUGUUAUUUAUGCAUAUAUCCUAUUUGUGUAUAUACAUAUCAAAUUAUAUAUUUGCUAUUUGUGGGAGGGAUUCCCACAAAGAAUAUAUUUCUAUCCUAAACGUGUCAGGCUCUCAUUCUCACUGUCUGAUACUGUUGUGUGUGUGUAUUUAUAAGGUGAAUGUUUGUGCUCACAAGCAGGAAAAGAAGUACUCAAUACAUGAGGUAAAGAAUGUGUUGUACUCAUUUCCAACCCUCACCUUACUGGCAGCAUCUCUGUACACGGCUCGCACAGCUCUCACUAACCAUUCUUCUAUCCCAAGUUUCCUCAUUGACCACCAGAUAAGGGAUCGGGGGACCCUGUCAAAGGCUUUCUCCAUGUCAACGAAAGCCAGAUGCUUCAGCUUCUUAAAUUGUAAUUCUGAGCUUAAUGUUGCUGAGUAUUGUAUCAUUAGAAUAAAUACAUAUAUAUAUAUAUAUAUAUAUAUAUAUAUAUAUAUAUAUAUAUAUAUAUGGACUUCCAAAAGUUUCUCUCAAUUGAAAUCUGUUUUCACCUCUUCCUUUCCCAGCAUCUUUACCACUUGGCUAUCAUCCAUGAAUUUCCCUCCUAAGCUCUCUCUUCUCAUUUCCAUCACUUUUUGUUCCUCAUCUCUCUUCCCCUUCUAUUCUUCUCAUUCUCCACCUUCGCUUUUCUAUCACCAACCUCUCUCUUUUCUUUCAAUCUCUCUCCUCUCUCACUAUCCUUAUUUUCCCCUCCUUUUACAUAUUUUACUCUCUGCUUACACAUGACUGCCUCUCUCUCUCUCUCUCUCUCCCCCCUACCCCCUCUCUACUAUCCUUCCAACAUGAUAGAAAAGUGAAACAAACUAAUAAAAAGAAAAAAAACAAAUUUUAAAUGGAUGCAAGACUGUAGCUUGUGUGUAUAAGAUUUAGUCUACUCUGACCCAGGUAGGGGAUGCCUUAAGUUUCAAAGUCCAUAUUUGUAGAUAAUAAUUCAAUGCUUAUGUUUCUUAUGGAUCUCUCAUCAGUCUGAAGAUGGUGAGGUUGACUUGAGAUCAUGUGAUCCAGAGGGACAGAAUUAAUUGGUAGGGUAUGGGAGGGGGUGCAUUUAGUGGAAAUUUCUUACUAAAUCCUGGCGGUUGCUUAGGUGUCUUAUGUUUCUUUUUUAUGCUGUGUGUGUGUGUUCUUUGUGUCAGACUUAUCACUGUUACAUAUUUGUAGAUUAAUGUGGGUAUGUAUUAGGUAUUGUCAAAGUCGUGUGGAUAUUCUAUUAUACUUUCCUGCAGAUAAGAGAUGAGACUUGAUGUACCAGCAUCAUCUGAAGAUCUUACUUUCACUCUUAUUGUUCAGUUAUAUAUUUUUUUAGAUUUUAAUCCUUCUAAUUUCUGGAAGUUCUCAAUUAGGUAAAGUGUACAUUUUUUUGUUCCUCUGAUGUUAUUAUUAUGGCCAAAUUCCAACCCAGCCUACAUCAACCAAGUCCACCCAGCACACUUCUCGGUCCAUCAUCACUACCUGAAGGUCCUGGAUGUACUCCAGGCUUAGAGUCUGUGAUCAAGUUGUCAAUGUAUGGCAAUGGCUUCUUCUUACAUCACCAUGAAGUGGGUUCUACAAAACUAAUUUGGAUGCUUCCAGUGUAGGAUGGUGCACGCAGUGACCAGAUAGUCACAGCCAUCUUUGGUUGAUCUUCUCACUAACUUUUGGCAGGUCUCCUUAAAGCCAUUCAUUUGUUAUAUGUUGCUGUUGUGUUUCAUCCAUUUCCUUAGACAUGAAGUGCUGUAUCAUCAGUGAAGUCCAGGUCAGUGAUGGUUACUGCUCGUACUCUCUGCAAUCUUUAUCAGUUCAGGGCGAGACCAAGGUCUUUGUCACUGUUGUCUAUUAGCCUGACACGUUGCAUAAUCCAAUACAAUUGCAAACAGGUAUGGUGCAAGUGUAUCUCCUUGUAGCUCCUCAGCUAGUAUUUGAAACAAUUCUGUUUCUCCAUCAGAUGAUAACAAACAAGCUCUGCACUUCUCAUAGGUCUUUGCAAUGACAAAAACUAGUUCUUUUGGAAUGCCAUUUUCUCAAAGAAUCUUCAACAUUUUGUAACGAUGGAUGCUGUCAAAUGCUUUGCUGAAGUCCGCAAAGGUUAUAACAGCAAGUAACUGUCUUGAUAUAACUACUUCUCUGAUAAACCUCAGGGCUAAAAUAUGAGGUGUUGCGGAUCUCCUUAGUCUAAAUCCAUUUUGAUUUGGUCUCAGAUGGUUAUAACUUCAGGUGGAGGAGGAUUCCCUCAGGACCAGCAGCUUUUCUCCCCUUCAAUUCAUUCUUGGCACUCUGAAGUUCUUCCAAAUCAAAGGUCCAGUUUUAUAUGUGAGCUCAUUGAAAACAGGUUGAAUCUCUUCAACUUCAUUGCUUACAAGGAGAGACUUUCUGAGCAAUUGACUGAAAGGUUGACACCACUUUUGGACACACUCCUCUUUGCUCUUUCCAUCUUUGUUGCUUUCCUUCUUCUGCUCAUUGAUCAAUUUCCAGCUUUCCCUGUGCAUUGACUUUGUAUCUGCUGCUUUGACUUGGUCGAUCACGCAGUCCAAUUGCUGUUCCUCAAUGGUGUCAUAGGCAUUUUGAAGAAUGGCUUUGGCAGCUUGUAAUUCCAGCCUAUGUUCUCCAUUUGGCUUCUCUUGAUAACAGUUAAAUGCACUUUGCACAUUAUUCUAUGAAUAUGCCUCCUACUUUGAUGACUGCUUCAAUUUGGGAUCAGAAUCAUUGACAUUCCGUCACCAAAUGGUCCAUAUUCAUUUCAGAUAUCACCUGGACAGUGGCAGCCUUCAGUGAAGCUAUAGUAUUGUGAGGAUGUCGAUUAGUCUCUCUUUCAACAAGGUCCCAUACAUAAUGGGCCAUGGGAUUAAAGUGUGAUGAGUUCCAAGGCUACUAGUUUGGUGUUAAUGAUCAUAAAAAAUGUUUGUGUUAUAUAGGCUUUUAGAGAAGGUGCUGAGUCUUGUUGGAACAUGUGUGACCUACCACUGCAUUCAUUGUCCAUCCAGGCCUUAAUAACUGCCUACAAGACCUCAAUUCUAGAAUCCUGUGUGACAAUGAGGUGCUACAGCAUGACUGUUGUUACUCACCACUUCUAAAGCCACCAUAGUUGCUGGCAACUUAGUGUGCAUCACUCUGCAGACAUCAGAAGCAUGUGCACAUAACCCUUUGUCAUUUCUCCUCUUAGAUUUUUGGUCUUAGUCAAAGUUUUUCUCAUCCAAACAACCAAAGUAAGUCUUGUUCAUGGAGCUUAUUAAACUUGUUAAGUAACCACUUGGAAAUCAGGCAGUUUCCCUGAGUCUGUAGACAUGAAUUGGCCUUUCCUCAGUGCAUACAACUUGGAUGGAAUAUCCUUGUACACUACAGUUCUGAGGUUACCAAUUCCACCCAAAGUUUAUGAACAAAAGUUCUUACAACAUUUAGAAAGCUGGUAAUUUCUAAAUUUCUAUGUUCCACAAAUAUGGCAACAAUGUCUGUAUUUCUUCAUUUCUUGUGUUAGCAUUUUGUCUUUCACAGGGGAUCUGAAAGGAAUAAAAAUUUUUUAAUUGGCUUCAAGAGAGUAAUGUACUGAUUAGUGAAGUGUCCUCAUACCCGUCACACUCUGUACACAUAAGCAGAGUGUGUCUCUGUGUGUGUGUGUGUGUGUAUUUAGAGAAUGUAAUAACUGCUAUAUCAUGGUAUCUUGCUAAUAUUCAAGAAUUUGGAGACAGCAAUUUUCAAUGAACUUUCAUAGUAACAAGAUCUCCAACAGCUGUGAAAGCCUACUGGAAAACAGUGAAGCCAAAGACCUUGACAUGUAACCAAGCUACAGGUGAAACAUAUGUAUAGAUACUCUGUGAUUGUAUUGAACCAUUUGGUGUGUUAUAUGAAAAAAUAAAAUAGCAUUUAACCAUUUUGUCUACAAAUAUA